AUGGCCAAGCGAAUCCGCCUCGGUAUCCUCACACCCUCCUCCAACACCAGCCUCGAACCGUUAUCGCAAGCGAUUAUCGCCAAGCUCCCUAAUGUAUCCGUCCAUUUCUCUCGCUUCACUGUUCUCAAAAUCAGUCUAGAGGAUGACGCACUCGCCCAAUUCCAGACGCAAAAGAUCCUCGAAGCUGCCAGACUGCUGGCUGACGCCAACGUCGACAUCAUUGGUUGGAGCGGCACCUCCUCUGGCUGGCUCGGUUUCCACGCCGAUGAGGAACUUUGCGAAACCAUCACUGCUGCAACGGGGAUUCCCGCGACAACAUCUGUUUUGGCCUUGAACAAAGCUGUCCGAGCUCUUUCGAUUACUGAUCUGGGUCUUGUGACUCCAUAUCUGGACAAUGUGCAGGCUGCGAUUGUAAAGACGUAUGCAACGAUCGCGGUUGAUUGCCGCAAGGAACGCCAUCUUGGGCUAUCGAAGAAUAGCGAUUUCGGAAACGUCGAAGAGUCCACCCUCGAUGAGAUGGUCGCAGAUGUGGUGGCGCGGCACCCGCAGGCUAUUACGACUUUCUGUACGAAUCUGCGGGCGGCGCAGAGAGUGGAUUACUGGGAAGACAAGCACGGGGUGAUCGUGUUGGAUACCGUGGCGACGGUCAUCUGGGAUAUGUUGUUACAAUGUCGGGUGGACCCCGCGGGCGUGGAGGGAUGGGGACGUUUGUUCCAGGUGGACAUAUGA